AUGGCUGAUAGGAAACCGAACGGUGGGGGCGGCGCCGCCUCCACCUCCGCGUCCGGCACUAACUUACUCUUCUCCUCCUCGGCCACGGAGUUCACCUUCAACGUGCCCUUCAUCCCGGUCACCCAGGCCGCCGCGGCCGCCGCCCCCCUGCUCCUGCCCGGAGAGGAUUCCACAGAUGUUGGUGAGGAGGACAGCUUUCUUGGUCAGACUUCUGCUCACACAUCUACCCCACAGACAUUUAGUUACUUCUCUCAGGUAUCAAGCAGUGGUGACCCAUUUGGGAAUAUUGGACAGUCACCAUUAACAACGGCAGCAACGUCACCUGGACAGUCAACUUUCUCCAAGCCCCAAGCUGCUCUCCCUUUUACAACUGGAUCCCAAGAUGUGUUGAAUACAUUUCCACCAUCCUUUUCGAAGGCUCAGUAUGUUGCUCCAGCUUCUUCACAGAUGGGAACAAAUGCUUAUUUGCCUGCUCAGCCAAGUAGUCUCCCUCCUUCAAAUGUUGGGAGCCCACCCCAAGGAAUAUCCCAACAAGGAUACAAUCCCUAUCGCCAUACUCCCAUAAGCAGCAGAGCUAACCCUUACAUUACACCACCACAGCUGCAGCAGUGCCAAACACCAGCCCAUCCUACCCAUCUGCCACCCUCUGGACCUCCUGUCCACAUGCACCAGACGCCUCCAGGAUCUCUGCCAGUGGUUCAUCCUUCCGUGCAGUCAGGGUUGUCUCCUCCAGCACAGCAGCAGGCACUUGCUAGACCUGUGGGUCCCUCUGUGCCAGUGCCUCCUCCUUUUAUGCUUCAAAACCAGUACGAGCCUGUUCAGCCCCACUGGUUUCACUGCAAGGAGGUAGAGAACAAACAACUCUGGAUGCCUUUCAGUGUGCUGGACUCUUUGAAUCUUGAAGAAGUCUAUAAUUCAGUCCAGCCAGAUCCUGAGAGUGUGGUUCUAGGCACGGAUGGAGGGCGCUAUGACGUUUACCUUUACGACCGCGUGAGGAAAGCUGUGUACUGGGAAGAGGAGCCUGCUGAAGUGAGACGCUGUACUUGGUUUUACAAAGGAGACUCAGAUAGCAGAUUUAUUCCCUAUACAGAGGAAUUCAGUGAAAAACUAGAGGUAGAAUAUAAAAAAGCUGUAACCACAAAUCAGUGGCACCGCCGAUUAGAGUUUCCAAGUGGAGAGACGAUUGUUAUGCACAAUCCAAAGGUUAUUGUUCAGUUCCAGCCGUCGUCAGUGCCAGAUGAGUGGGGGACCACACAAGAUGGACAGACAAGACCCAGAGUUGUAAAGCGUGGAGUUGACGAGAACCUUGAUGAAAUUCCCGAGGGGGAAAUGCCUCCGGUUGACCAUUUGGUGUUCAUGGUACAUGGCAUUGGACCGGUAUGUGACUUGCGAUUUAGAAGUAUUAUUGAAUGUGUGGAUGAUUUCAGGGUGGUUUCUCUCAAAUUGCUGCAGACUCAUUUCAAGAAAGCUUUAGAUGAUCGGAAAAUAAGCAGAGUGGAGUUUCUUCCUGUUCACUGGCACAGCUCCUUGGGUGGGGAUGCAACAGGUGUCGACAGGAAUAUUAAGAAAAUCACUUUACCAAGUAUUGGUCGAUUUCGUCACUUUACCAAUGAAACCCUGCUAGAUAUUCUGUUUUAUAAUAGUCCCGCCUACUGUCAGAAGAUUGUGGAGAAAGUGGGAAUGGAGAUAAACCGUCUACACGCACUUUUUCUGAGUCGGAAUCCAGACUUCAAAGGAGGGAUCUCUGUUGCUGGUCACAGUUUAGGUUCUUUAAUAUUGUUUGACAUCCUGUCUAAUCAGAAAGAUUUGACUUUAUCGAAGGCUUCAGGCCCUUUUGCUGCUGCUAAUGGAGCUGUGAAGCAGCCACGUUUCCAGGAGAAGCAGAUGCCUGAAGACCCAAAGCUGAUCUUGGAUGAGUCUUGUGACCUUGAUGUUGAAAAUGAAGAAGUCCUAACUUUGCAGGAAACUCUGGCAGCACUUAGUCUCUCUGAAUAUGUUAGCACUUUUGAAAAGGAAAAGAUUGAUAUGGAAUCUCUGCUGAUGUGUACAGUUGAUGACUUGAAGGAAAUGGGAAUACCCCUGGGGCCCAGGAAGAAGAUAGCCAACUUUGUGAAGCACAAGGCAGCCAGACUGGAACAGAAAAAAGCAGCCUCAGAAAAGAAGGCAGCGAUGGCGGCUUUGACAAAAGGACAAGAAGGAAGCGCUCAGAAAGCCAAAGAAAUGGCUUCUCUCCCCUCAGAAUCCAGCGAGUCUAAGAGGAGACUUCCAGUCGGUGCUUGUGUGUCUUCUGUGCAUGUGGAUUAUGAGUCUUUUGACGUUGGCACUGGGCAGGUUUCUGUUGUUUAUAACUCAUUAGACUUUGAACCAGAGAUUUUCUUUGCCUUGGGAUCUCCAGUUGGUAUGUUUCUGACUAUUCGAGGAGUGGAUCGGAUAGAUGAGAACUUCAGGCUUCCUACCUGUAAAGGAUUCUUCAAUAUUUAUCAUCCACUUGAUCCAGUGGCAUAUAGACUGGAACCUAUGAUUGUUCCUGAUUUGGACCUAAAAGCAGUUCUCAUUCCACAUCACAAAGGCAGAAAAAGACUUCAUUUAGAGUUGAAAGACAGUCUCUCUCGCAUGGGAUCAGAUUUGAAGCAGGGUUUUAUUAGCUCUCUGAAAAGUGCCUGGCAAACUUUAAAUGAGUUUGCCCGUGCUCAUACCUCUUCAACUCAGCUGCAAGAAGAAUUGGAGAAGGUAGCCAAUCAAAUCAAAGAAGAAGAAGAAAAGCAAGUAGUUGAAGCAGAAAAGGUUGCUGAAAGCCCAGAUUUUUCCAAGGAAGAGGACUACUUAGGAAAGGUUGGAAUGCUAAACGGAGGCCGUCGAAUUGACUACGUUCUUCAAGAAAAGCCAAUAGAGAGUUUUAAUGAAUAUCUUUUCGCUCUUCAGAGUCACUUGUGCUAUUGGGAAUCUGAAGAUACUGCCCUGUUAUUACUUAAGGAAAUUUAUCGAACAAUGAACAUUAGUCCAGAACAGCCCCAGCACUGA